CGUGAGGCGCGCGCCCGCGUGGUCGCCGCCCCUCGGAAGCCUCCGGGGCCGCACACGGGUUCGCUACGGAGGGAGGCGGGGGCCUGCGGGAGGAGGCGGCGGAGGAGCGAGGGAAGAUGGCGGCCGUGGAGCUCGAGUGGAUCCCCGAGACGCUCUACAACACCGCCAUCUCCGCUGUCGUGGACAACUACAUCCGCUCGCGUCGCGACAUCCGCUCCUUGCCGGAGAAUAUCCAGUUCGACGUUUACUACAAGCUUUACCAGCAGGGACGCUUAUGUCAACUGGGCAGUGAAUUCUGUGAAUUGGAAGUUUUUGCUAAAGUUUUGAGAGCUUUGGAUAAAAGACAUUUGCUUCAUCAUUGUUUUCAGGCUUUGAUGGAUCAUGGUGUUAAAGUUGCUUCUGUCCUGGCCUAUUCAUUCAGUAGACGGUGCUCUUACAUAGCAGAAUCAGAUGCUGCAGUAAAGGAGAAGGCCAUCCAGGUUGGCUUUGUUUUAGGUGGCUUCCUCUCCGACGCUGGCUGGUACAGUGAUGCUGAGAAGGUCUUCCUGUCCUGUCUUCAGUUGUGUACUCUACAUGAUGAGAUGCUUCACUGGUUUCGAGCAGUGGAGUGUUGUGUGAGGUUGCUUCAUGUGCGAAAUGGAAAUUGCAAAUAUCAUUUAGGUGAAGAAACAUUUAAGUUAGCUCAGACAUACAUGGAUAAGUUAUCAAAACAUGGCCAGCAAGCAAACAGGGCUGCUCUCUAUGGAGAACUAUGUGCGCUCCUGUUUGCAAAAAGCCACUAUGAUGAGGCAUAUAAGUGGUGCGUGGAGGCAAUGAAGGAGAUCACAGCAGGCUUACCAGUCAAAGUGGUGGUGGAUGUCUUAAGGCAAGCUUCGAAGGCGUGUGUAGUAAAACGUGAAUUUAAGAAGGCAGAACAGUUAAUUAAACAUGCAGUGUAUUUGGCACGAGAUCAUUUUGGAUCCAAACACCCAAAGUACUCUGACACACUGCUAGAUUAUGGGUUCUACUUACUCAAUGUAGACAAUAUCUGUCAGUCUGUUGCAAUUUAUCAGGCAGCCCUUGACAUUCGACAGUCAGUGUUUGGAGGCAAAAAUAUUCAUGUAGCAACAGCUCAUGAAGAUCUGGCUUACUCUUCCUACGUUCACCAGUACAGCUCUGGGAAAUUUGACAAUGCACUAUUUCAUGCAGAAAGAGCCAUUGGUAUCAUUACCCACAUCCUACCUGAAGAUCAUCUUCUAUUGGCUUCUUCAAAGAGGGUGAAAGCACUUAUUUUGGAGGAGAUUGCGAUCGACUGUCACAACAAGGAGACGGAACAGCGGCUGCUUCAAGAAGCACAUGACUUGCACCUGUCCUCACUCCAGCUGGCCAAGAAAGCCUUCGGAGAGUUUAAUGUACAGACCGCAAAACACUACGGCAACCUUGGGAGACUCUAUCAGUCAAUGAGAAAAUUUAAGGAAGCUGAAGAAAUGCACAUAAAAGCCAUUCAGAUUAAAGAGCAGCUUCUUGGUCAAGAAGAUUAUGAAGUAGCCCUUUCGGUGGGACAUCUGGCAUCUUUAUAUAAUUACGACAUGAAUCAAUAUGAAAAUGCUGAGAAAUUAUAUUUGCGAUCUAUAGCAAUUGGGAAGAAACUGUUUGGUGAAGGCUACAGUGGACUAGAGUAUGAUUACCGAGGCCUCAUUAAACUUUACAACUCCAUUGGAAAUUAUGAAAAAGUAUUUGAGUAUCACAAUGUUCUGUCUAACUGGAACCGAUUGCGAGAUCGACAGUAUUCAGUAACCGAUGCCCUUGAAGACGUCAACAGCAGCCCCCAGUCCACCGAAGAAGUGGUGCAGUCCUUCCUCAUGUCUCAGAAUGUUGAGGGACCAAGCUGCUGAGGGACAGCCUCAGCAAACAAUUACCUUUCCCCAGAUUCCGGGGAAUUCAUACUGUGAAAUCAAAACCAUGUUGUUUUGGGGCUGGUAUUUGCAUUGAAACACUGGUCCAGUCCAUGAAGACCCUCUUUCGGGUAGCCCUGUAUUGCAGUUCCUGUAGAAUAAGCAUAUAUUGAGUUAUAUCAGCAUGUGCCGCGUGUAUAAGUAGUCCCACAUUCUCACCCCAUUAGAACAACAGGAAACCUUUUCCCCCCUUUUUAAAAAAUAAUUCAUUUUUCAGAAAGCCUGAAAGAAAAAAAAGAACCCCUAAAUAAAACUAUUUAAGAGUUUAAAAGAGUUGCAUUCUUCUUAUGUAAGGAUGAUUUUAACAACUUUUUAACAUUCUUCCAUGUGGAGGUAUUCAAUACUGUAUUGUAAAGAAAUUUUAUGGAAGACUCUUUAUAUGCAGUAUAGAAAAGUAACACAGGUACUAAUUAAUAAAAAGGAGGGCAUCCUGAUGUAGAUUUGGCCACUUUCCCAGAUCAGUGCAUACAGCCAUUCCCCAACUGUAUCAGGGAAGGACUGUCAGAUUCAUCUGACUGGACCAGUGUUGAUCUGUCAGUCAUAACACCAGGUGGACCAGCAGCUCAGCUCUUACUCUUGGUUUCUGGUACAGCAGUGAGAUGCUCUAACAGUGUUUGCGAACAUAACAGGACCAGAAGGACCUAAAAGGACCAGGCACCUGUGGAAGGUGGUGAUUUGGACCAGGGGCUUUAGAUUAUUAUUUAGUCACUGCACUUGCCUUUUCCAGUAGGAUAAUUUCAUUUAGAUAGGAUGCAAAGUAUUAAUACAAGAGUUUUAUUUGUAUCAUAGAUACCAAACUAUGGGAUUUGGGCAAUGUCAGUGGCAAAUCUUUAGUCAAGGUACAUGGAAGCAAGUUCUGUAACUAUCUGCUGCAGCCACCCUCAUUUUAAUCUUUGCCCGAAUACUCCAUGUUGCUAACAAACAUGCUGGCUAAGAGUCGUGAAAUGAUUCAUGUUCAGAUGAGAAUUUUAGGUUUACUCUGUGGGGAUUAAGAAGAUUGAAUGCACAAAAAUAAGUCUUAGAAAAUCUUCAUUUUUAUGGGAAAUAAUAGUACAACUAGUCAUUUUAACUGAAACCCAGGAGUCGGGUGGAAAGAUCCAACUAUAAUGUCUGAUUUUCUAAUUUUUUAAAACUAGCCAGGUUAUUGAAUGUGGAGCUAAUACUCAAUUCCUAAGUUGUGUGACAAUGUAACAAGAAGAAACAAAAAGAUCUUUUGCCGUUACCUCAAUUCUUAGCACAGAGGCCCAUCUGGUGUCUGUGUAGUUAAGAAUCUGGGUGUCUCCCCUAUUUUCAGGGGUUCCUGACUUGGGCGUUAGAUGCAUUGCUCCUAGCAAUGCUUGGAGUGGUCUGUAGGUUGAGUGGAUGUGUGUCAAACUCUUUCUUUAGCAUGCUUGUUGGGUAAGGAGAAAACAAUUUAUCAUGUAGAGUGCAGAAACAUUAGAGACUACAGAAGUUAUCUUUUUUUAAAACUUUCCAAUUUUAAUUUCCUUUGAAAUUGCUGUUUGCAGUCUUAGUGAUAAGCCAGUGUGUUUAGGCUGACUUAGAAAGGAACUCACUGGGGAUGUACCCAAGUAGAUGAGGCAAGCUCACACCCGAAGAUAACAGCUUUGGGUCCAGAGACUUGAAUUUAUUUAUUCCUCUAACUGAAUUUCCUUAUAAAUUCUUCAAAGAAUAAAUCAGUAUGUUAGCAGUUUAUGCAGCUGGCCCCCUCCCAGUUAAUUGCAGUCUUUGUCCAGUGGCACCCUUUAUAACCAAGUAGUCUGUGUGACCAGGAGGAGCAUUUCUAAGUUACUGAACUCCAGCUGCACAGGCCUAUAUAUUUAAUACCUCCAAAGACAUUUUCAAGAUAGGCUUUGUAUACUUUUAUUGGCUUUUUAGAGCCCUGUGGUAUGUUUGUGGUAUAGGAAUGUCGUGCUAAAUUGUUUUUCAAUAAAUAUUUUGAAACUUAAGUUUCCACAUGAAUUAUUUUUAUUUAAUCUGAAUUUUUGGUGUUAUGCAUAUACAGCAUUUUGUAUAGUCAGUUAACUUAAAGACUCAUCCCCCUUAACUCAGUUUAAACUUAACUCAUAGUUGGUGGUAAAGUAACACGAUGUUUAGAAGCCUGUGGUCACAGGGUGAUGAUGUCAGAUGGCAACCGUCCCCACCCCCAGCAUCACUACUGUCAGUUGUUCCAUCUUACCGUUUCUUUAGUUACACCUACCUGUAAGUUUGUAAAAGGUAAUCUAAUGCCUAUACUCUAGCAGUCUGUUUGGUUUGGGGGUGGGGUGGGGGAGUGUUGGUUUUUUAGGACAGGAUUUCUCUGUGUAGUUUUGGAGCCUGUCCUGGAACUCAACUCUGUAGACCAGGCUGGCCUCAAACUCACAGAGGUCAACCUGCCUCUGCCUCUUGAGUGCUGGGCUUAAAGGUGUGUGCCACCACCACCUGGCACAAUCAGUCAUUUUAAAUGAUAUGAUUUAAUAUGUUCUGAUUCUACUGAAAAGUAAUGCCCUAAUAACUUCAAGUGUAGGAUUUAUACUUUAGCAAGAGUGUUUAGGAUGAGGUAGUUAGGAAUGCCACCAUGAUUUGACUUUUAUACAUGAACGCAGGGUGUGAUGGCAUAUAUCUAUAAUCUCAGUAUUCAGGACACUGAGUAAGAGGAAAAACUGAAUAGAAUUUACCUCACAAUAAUCAAUAGCGUGCAUGUAAUUUUAAAUAAGGGCCUAUGAUCUCAACCUCCCCUGAAUUCUCUUAUUCCUAAAGCUUGGUGCUACUCCAUUUGGGGGCGUUGGGGAGCAUGUGACACAGGUGAAUCACUUGAUUUCAGUUUAAUAGCACCAACUGAGUUUUUAGUGCAUAAUAUUUAUGGGUCCUCAAACUAGACUUUGCCCUGAGGAUUUGGACCCUUUCUCCAUCAAAUCUGCAUUCUUUUUUAAAAAACCAACUCACGCCGGGCAGUGGUGGUGCACACCUUUAAUCCCAGCACUCGGGAGGCAGAGCCAGGUGGAUCUCUGUGAGUCGAGGCCAGCCUGGUCUACAGAGUGAGAUCCAGGACAGGCACCAAAACAACACAGAGAAACCCUGUCUCGAAAAAACCAAAAAAAAAAAAAAAACUCACCAAUACCCUGCCCAGAUAAAGACCUUUGUCCUAGACAGAGAGAAGAGUUCAUAGUCUCAUGAGCAUUAAGUACAGAAAGCUGUACGUGGUGGCACAAGCUUUAAUCCCAACUACUCGGGAGGCUGAGACAGGAGACUCACUUAAGGUCAGCCAGGGCAACCUAGUGAGACCUCGUCUCAAGAAAUCAAAUGGGAAGUGCACAGCCCCGAGCGUGGUGUCUUGGGCCUGCUGUUGAACUUGUCUUUGUAGUGCAAACAGCUGAGCCUAAAUAGGAUGCGAGCUUUUGGCCAAAACUUUGCAAAAUCCAAGGAUGGUUUGCUAAGUAUCAGGUGUUGUUAACCGCCAUUUUAAUUUUAUUUUUUUUUUAUGUUUUCCCCUAGGGUUUUUAACCUUGCUGCUUCCAGUCAUCUUUUCUGGAUGGCAGAGUUACUACUGGAAAAAUUCUUAUUUAUAAUUACUGAUUUUUUUUAAGAGUUUUAUUUUUGUUUUAAAGAUUAACACUUCUUUCACCUCUUGGCUUUAGAGGACGUCACAUUACCUGGAAAAAAAGAUUUAUUUUAAAUAGAACAUUUUGAAUUAGUCUGCAGAUUUUAAUGAUAGUAGUUCCUUUGUCCCCAGAUCUCAGGAAUGUUUUAGGCAGAGAACUGGCUUUCCCUGGUGGUGAUUUGAAGGCGUGUGUUUUAGGAUCUCUUAAAUAACACUGUUAUUGCAGUUCUAGGUAUCUAUAGCAUGAGUGGCCUUAAUGAGUUUGUUGGAGUGCACAUGUUUUUCAAGAGUAAAGUUUAAGAUUAAAUAUAUAUGCUAUAUAUAGAUAUCUAGAAAACUUGGUUGUGGUGCACAGUGUGUUGGAUCACUGAAUCGAAGGUACCCCUUUUUUUUGUAUAACAUCACUCGUUUCUGUAUAUUCCUUUUAUGGGAAAAUAUGUUGCCAUGGUGACUAAAACUUUUCAAUUUAGUUUUAUGUGAAUGAAUGCUACAUUUUAUUAAAUAUUACCAGGUCAGUACUAUUUUUAUACCUUAUUAAGUAACAGGGGUUUUAGUUUAAUAGGCUCAAAAUAAAAAAACCUUAAUGGAAUAAUUACAAAUGAAUCACUAACGUUCUUUACAGGAGAAUCCCCACUACUAGUGCCACAGGAAUUUCUGUAGAAAUAUCUAAGGUCAUUCAUAGAUUCUGACGUCAGUUCAUUGAGUCGAGCGACCUUUCGUAUCAUCCUCACCUACUUGUAGAGCCCGCCGUUAUUUGUAACUGUAAACCACACUGAGUGUGUUUGUAACCAGCAUUGUGAUACAUUCUGUACUCGUAUUGCUAAAUGAAUUAUUGACCUAAUAAAUAGAGUGUUCCUGCA